AUUACUUGCAAUCCACGGCCGCCCUCCAUUGGUGAAAUCCUGCAUGUUUCCGGAAGAAAGUCACAGUCGUUUCUGCCACUGCAACUGACAUGCGGGGCUAUGAAGAAAUUGUCGCGUUUCUGGGAGAAUGGGGACCGUACCAGAAGUUAAUGUUUUUCAUCUUGAGUUUUAGCAUCUUUAGCAACGGUUUUUGCGGACUCUCCUUUGUUUUCGUUGGUGGUGUACCGGAGCACCGCUGCUUAAUUCCUGGGAAUCUCAACCUCAGUGAAGCAUGGAGGAACAGGGCAAUUCCUCUGAUACAAGGUGCCGAACUACAGCAUAGUAAAUGCACUCGGUACCGGCUGAACGUGAUAAUGAACCUUUCGGAGACAUUCUCCAACCCAGAUUUCCUCAACAUGUCUGAGAUCGAACAGGAACCGUGUCUGGAUGGAUGGGAGUACAGUAAGGAGCAGUACAUCUCCACUAUCGUCUCCGAGUGGGACUUGGUAUGUAAAGAUCAUUGGAAAGCCCCGUUUUCUAUGUCGAUGUUCUUUGCAGGCGUGCUGGUUGGUUCCGUUGUAUCUGGCCAAUUGUCAGACAGGUUUGGAAGAAAGCUAGUUCUAUUUGGAACGAUGGCUGUACAGUGUAUAUUCAGCAUUGCUCAAGUGUUCGCUCCAAGCUGGGAAAUAUUCUGCCUUCUUAAUUUCCUCAUUGGUCUCGGACAAAUAUCAAACUAUGUAGCUGCCUUUGUUCUUGGAUCAGAAAUUCUCGGAAAAUCCACUCGGCUUGUGUACAGCACGUUGGGAGUGUGCAUUUCUUAUGCUCUUGGCUACAUGUUGCUGCCCUUCAUUGCAUACUUUCUAAGAAACUGGCGGAUGCUGCUUUUGGCCCUUUCUCUCAUAGGCCUGACAUACAUUCCUUUGUGGUGGUUUAUUCCUGAAUCUCCACGCUGGUUGUUGGUAAAAGGAAGGGUAAAGGAGGCAGAAGAAAUACUCCAAUAUAUUGCAAAGAAGAAUGGUGUCACUCUCCCAGAGGUGCUUUUCAAUGAACCUGAGCUUGAAGAUACGAGAACCAGACAUGCACAGUCUUACACAAUUUUCCAUCUUGUUAAAACUUAUAACAUCCGAGCUAUCACUGUCAUUAAUGUUCUGAUAUGGAUGAUCUUAACAGUUGGAUACUUUGGCCUGUCCUUGAGCACUCCCAAUCUUCAUGGUGAUAACUAUUUGAACUGCUUCUUCUCUGCUGCCAUUGAGGUUCCUGCCUACACAGCAGCCUGGUUUUUCCUUCAGAAGUUUUCACGCAGGUGCACCCUUUCAAGCACAGCUCUUUUUGGUGGAGCUGUUCUUAUACUCACCCAGUUUAUGCCUUCAGGACUUGCCACGGCACUGGUGAUGAGUGGAAAACUUGCAACUACAUGUGGCUUCUCCAUGAUCUAUGUCUACACAGCUGAGCUGUACCCAACAGCAGUAAGAAAUAUGGGUGUUGGAGUCUGUUCAAUGGCCAGCAGGAUAGGCAGCAUUGUCUCACCGUACAUUUUUUAUCUUGGAGCACUUGAUAAGUUUUUGCCUUUUACUCUAAUGGGAAUUUCUACAGCAUUAUCAGGACUUCUUGUUUUGUUGCUGCCUGAAACAUUCAAAACCCCUCUCCCAGACACCCUUGAACAGAUGCAAACUGUAAAGGGACUCAAAUGUGGAAGUACGAGUAAAGGUCACAUCGGGUCUUAUAAAAAAGGAAAACCUGAACAUAAUGAUCAAAACAAUGAGGAAAAUUAAUCCAGCAACUGAUCUGCAGUGGUACAGAUGAACAAUCACUUUCCCGGUUUACUCUGUAUUGCAAUGACUUAUAUUGAAGAAACCAGAAUGUAGUGAUACAACCAGAAUACUCAGGGAUCAGUGUAAAACACACAGACCUACAGAAUAUCGCACAAUUUAGAUUUCUAGAAGAUCCUCAAUUUUAUACUAGUUCACUUAUAAUUUUUGAGAACAUGCUUUGUCAAGUUAUUUUUACUAUUUAAAAAAUGUAUCAUUGGAGCAUGCCAGCUGCUCAGCUGCCUACCAUUUCAUCGCUGGCCACUUUUAAUACCAGCUACCAGACUGAGGGCGUUAGCACUAUCCUGAUGUAGCUCAACAGCAUGAGGUCACCCAGUAUAAAUCUGUCUCAAUCACCAGCAAAACACUGCUCCUGAAGAUUCCAGAACACUUAAGGGGAAGUUAGCAUGGCUGAAACUCAGCAGAUCUUAUCCUCAGUUUACUUUAAAAAAAGUAGUCACGUUCUUAUGCUCCCAAAGCUGAAAACAAAUGAGAGGGAGAGACUUGACCACUUAACUGUAGGCCCCUUUGAAAAUUGAAGCUUUUUUAAAUAGAACAGUAGUAAUUACAAACUCCAUUUGAGCACAUAACACUCACUUUAAAUCCAUCAAAUGAAGUGAAAUUAACCCAUACAAAAUAACAUUCUCUAGUUUCUCUUCAAAGAGAGUAAUUUUGCUGUGAACUGACAAUUGCAGUUCAUACUGUUUGCUAUUUCUCAAAGACAUUGUUCCUGCUCCAUUCCUCCAUAUGGAAUCAUAAUUCCCAUGGUUGAAAUAAAAUGGGAAUUACAUCAUUUGUGUCAAAUACAUGGAGAAAAGUUACAAGACAAAUAAUUGUACAUUAAGAUAUUUUUCUGCAUAGUAGCAGAACAAGUGAGUAUUCAUCGAUGAAACAACCGUGAUUGAAAUAGCAUUUGGAGAUAAUAACUUGACAAUGAAGAAAUAUAGUAAUGUUCUGUAAACAGAAUAAAUUGCAAACUAGCAUUUAGGAUGAAUGAGCAUAAGUCAAACUCAAGAAUAGUGUUUCCCAAUAUCAGGGUAUAAAGAGAUACAGGUUAAGUUGAGUAUAGGGAUCUUAGAUUUCUAAAGCUUCAUAUAUUUGUUGGCAGUGGAUGCAGGCAACAGUCAUCUCAGCAUGAAAUGAGAAAGUGGAAGGUAGGUUGGGUUCAGCAGUUGGUUGGGAUUUGCUCAGGUGGUUUCGGGGAAUAAAGUUGGGUAGAUGGUGAGCAGGUCAUCAGUUAGUUGAUUGAGGGAUUUGAGCAGACAAGUGGUGAUGGGCAAGUGAUAGUAUCAGCACAAAGAGGUUAACACGUUCAUGGAUAAGGGUUCAUAGAGGUGAUAUGCCUGCCAGUAAAAAUACAGGAAGAAAUGUUUGGAGCGAUCCUGGCAAUCUUGCACAAUUGAUUGUAAACUGUGAAUGCAGAAGUUGACACUGGUUCAAUGGCACUUUUUACUGAAGAGAAACUGGAUCAUUUUUAUUAGACAUUAUGGUUAUUAAAUCUAAUUUUAAGGACUAGGUGUGAGCAAUGUAACUGAAAUACUGGAUUUUGUUUGCUCAUAUACGAAUAAAUUAUAGGAUUUAAAUAUGUAUUAUGACAUGUUCAAAUCUGUUUUAUCUGAUAUUUACUUUCUAUAUUUCUUUUCCUUCACCAACUAUGGGCUUCAUUGAUGAAGCUGGUAUUUAUUGACCACUCCUACUUCCUCCUGAAUUUGUCGUUAGAUCAUUCUGAGGUCACUUACUAGUCAAUCGCACUGGUAAAAAACUACACAGUCUGGAUAAUACUGUUCUAUUCGGCACAUAAUAGCUGCAACAAUUAAAACUGAUUGUAUGCAUUAUAAUUAUAAUUGUAUGUUGGAACUUAAUAGAAAUAAACAGACCUAAGUUGCAAAUUAGCUAAGAUACUUCUGAAUGGAAAUAAAGUCUGAGGGACUCAAUGCAUCACCAAUUUAUUAAUGUCCCAACAGAAAAUGAUUUGUCUCAUAAGAAUAAUUUAGAUUUAGUUCCAGGUUAUUCAUGCAAAUUUUAAUAUAAAUCCUGUGUAUACAAACACAAGCUAUCUUCAAUACCAUUAAAACAAUUUUCUUCUGACUCCAAUAAAAG